GGCCCAGCCGCGGCCAUGGAGCCUCCGGAGACCCCCGUCAAGGAUGGCAUCCUCUACCAGCAGCACAUCAAGUUCGGCAAGAAGUGCUGGCGGAAGGUGUGGGCACUGCUGUACGCAGGAGGCCCAUCAGGUGUGGCCCGGCUGGAGACCUGGGAGGUCCGCAAUGGUGGCCCAGGGUCUGUGGGGGAAAGGUCUGCACGGCGCGGGGAGCGGCGGGUCAUCCGCCUGGCUGACUGCGUAUCUGUGCUGCCUGCGGACGGUGAGAGCUGCCCCCAAGACACUGGGGCCUUCCUGAUCACCACCACUGAUCGAAGCCACCUGCUGGCCACGAAGGACCGCCAGGCCUGGAUGGGCCCCAUCUGCCAGCUGGCCUUCCCGGGCACAGUGGAGUGCUCCUCAGCAUCAGGGGAGGCCAUGUCUUCCAUCAGAGGCCCUGUCUCCAUGGAGGAAAACUCCAUCUACUCCUCUUGGCAGGAAGUGGUCAAGUUCCCCGUGGUGGUACAGAAGACGGAGGCUGCCACCCGCUGCCAACUGAAGGGGCCCUACUUGCUGGGGCUGAGCCGGGAUACCAUCCAGCUGAACGAUCCCUCUGGCCUGCGGGCCCUCUACACCUGGCCGUACUGCUUCUUGCGAAAGUUCGGCUCCCACAAGGGAGUGUUCUCCUUUGAAGCUGGCCGCCGCUGCGACACUGGCGAGGGCCUCUUCGCCUUCAGCAGCCCCUACGCCCCUGACCUCUGCGGCGCCGUGGCAGCAGCCAUCGCCCGCCAGCGCGAGCUGCUGCCGGAGCUGGCGCCCCCCCAGCCCAGCCCCCUGCCACGGGCCACCUCGCUGCCCUGCCUGGAGCCACCCGGGGAGCUGCAGGAGGUCCUGGGGCUGGAGCCGCGGGCGUGCCGGAAGGUGCGCGAGGGGCUGGAACCCGGGCCACAGAGCCUGCCACCGCUGUCAGGCCAGGACACCAAGGACAUCCCUGUCUACGCUGUCGUGGCCAAGCGCACCAGCAGGCCGCCGGCUACCGCUGCCGCAGCCACCACCACCGCCGCCGCUGCCGAGCACCUCUACGAGAACCUGUGCGCACUGGAUGGCGGCCCUGAGGCCAGCCCCCAGGCCAGUGCCCUCUACCACAACCGUGAAGACCUGAGCUGGCCUGGUCCCAGCUCUGACGAGAGCCUGGAGGCCCAGUACCGGCGGCUCCUCGAGCUGGAGCUGGACAAGGCCGGCGACGAAGUCGGGGCCAUCGGCCGCUCCAGCGCACAGACAGGCUUCAAGGCCAAGCUGGUGACGCUGCUGAGCCGAGAGCGGAGGAAGGGCCCUGUCCCAUGCGACCGGCCCUGAGCCCCUGAGCUAUGUGGCCACUGGAGAAGGGAGACAUCUGGACCCUUCACAUCCACUCUGACCUGCAGGGACCCCUCCCCUGCCUUCCCCCCACCCACUGUAUAGUGUACAGAGAUUUGCUGAUAAUAAAGCCUUCCAGCUCCAGCACAGACUCAGUGCCAGCUUUGCUCUGCCAUGCGGCCCCCAGCUUCAUCUUCUCUAACUUCAGCUCCCGCCAGUGGGUACAUGUGGGCACACAGACUUCACUCACAUUCGCUGCAGCAAAGCCCAGCACCCUGCACUGAGUUCCACAGAUGACUUGGACCUGACCUCUGCCACCAGAGGGCUCACAUCCUCAGGACCAGAUAAUUGUGUGCCCACCCACCACCCCCACCCCCGUUCUGUGCAGCAGAAAGAUGUGAAGGGAGGAAGGUGGCUUGCUGAUUGGAGAGGCACCCUUUGAACACAUAAAAGGCAGACAGGGCUUCACCACAGGGCGGGGGGCUGGCCAAGGAGGAGCUGGUGACCAGAGCAGGAGAGUCCCUGAAAGUCCUACAAGAGCUUGGUCUCCUGCUCAGGGGAGAGGGGGGAUUUUGCAUUGGGGAGGAACACAGUUGGACUGACAAAGGAGCAGUGCAGAGCCCAGAUUUGAAGCAGCCAAUUAGACACCAGGAAGCCCGAGGGAGGGACAGGGCUAGGGGAGAGGAGGGAAGGAUUUCAAAGAUGUGCACACUCAAAGCGUUUGUCCCCUGCUGAGACACUAAAUGGUAGACACAUGUGAGGGACUUCAGGUCUCAGCCUCCUCAACUCUAAGGGAAAAAGAUCAAAUUCUAUUUCAGAUGCCCAUCCAUUUGUUUGAUUUUUACAACAUGCCUACUCUGUGCCGGACUCUGGAGUGUUCAGUGUGUGUUCUCAAGGGGGUGACCUUCCAGUAUGGGGUAAGCAAGUCUCCUGAAGAUGGCAGUGCCUGCUUCAUUCUCCUCUCCACGUGCUAUUCGUGUCAUUGUCCUUGGACCAUAUACACAGCAUCAUGUCUCCAAGGACCUGGUCUCUUGGUCCCUCGACCUCAACUGCACUCAGUUGCCCACUCCUGAGCCUCAUCAUCAUGAGGCUAAUUGCGUCCAUUGUAAAAAUGUGAUUGCAAACCUCAAGCAAACAGGCUCUCCCUACCGCUUUUGUGUCCUAGUAUGGCUGCCUUUCUAGUCCCUGAGAUCAUCCAACCUUCUCCUCUCGUCCCCACCCACUCCUACCUUGCAGACAUCAUUGGAGAAAUGACCGACAACAGAAAUAAGCACCCUCACCCACCCAUAACUGCACCUACAUGUACCAGCAUUUGCAUCUGUUUCCCUUUUCUGC